GAGGCCUCCGCGCUCCACCAUUGGUCCUGCUGGGAGGCGGGAUCAUCAUCGCGCCAAUGGGAGGCCAGCAGCCGGAAGGGGCGGGACCCGGGUCGCACCACCCUGACCGCGCGUGCGCGAGGGCAGGAGCGCGACCUCCACCCCCUCCGGGAUUGGUGGCGGGCGGAGGGCGCACGCCGAGGGCGGAGCCGGGCUCACGUCUGCGUGACAGUUGUCGCGGGGGGAGGGCGAGCCCAGACUAGGGGGAGGGAGUGUAAAUAGAGCGAAGGCGGCGGCCUUCGACCCCGUCACCUCUCGGGCGCCCCGCGAGAAGCCGUGGAGGGCAUGGAAGAAGACGAGCAGGAGCAGCGGCGCAGGAAGGUGGAGGCCGGGAGAGCGAAGCUUGCUCACUUCCGACAGAGAAAAACAAAAGGUGACUGUGCGCAUCCGAAGAAAAAGACGGCGAAGAGGAAGGGCCCGGCUGUCGAUGCGCCUGUCCAGGAGGAGGGCCCGGUAGCCACCAAGGAUGGUGGACUCCUGGGAAGAGCGGACGUUUGCGAAGACUCGUCGUGCAGUGACACCCCCGAGGGAGCACAGGCAGCGCAGCUGGAGGACCCCAGUGGAGAGAGGACAGGGCACUCGGAGCAGCCACAGCAGAAGCUGGAUGGCGACCACUUGGAACAGCCUGAGGAUAUCACAAAGGAAUGCGAACAAGAACGUAAGCUGGAAUUUGCGGAACUGACGAGAAGACAGAAGGAUGCCGUUGGCGCACAGCAGCAGGUGGCCGUGGGGCUUCAGCCGCCGACGGAGACGCAGCAGCCGGUGCCCUCGCUGGAGCUGGAGGCGCUGCGCCUGAGUCUGAGCAACAUGCACGCGGCACAGCUGGAGCGCAUGCAGGCCACCCUGCAGAGGGAGAAGGAGGCCGCGCUGACUGAGCUGCGGGCCGCGCUCAACGGCCGUCACGCCCAGGAGCUGGCCCUGCUGCGGAGCCAGCAGCAGCACCAGCAGGCGCGGGCCCGGGAGCAGCACGCGCGGGAGCGCGAGGAGACGGAGCUGCGCUGCCACCAGGAGACAGCUGAGCUGAAGGAGAAGUUACAGUUAGAAAUGGAGAACAACGCACGGAUGCUAGAGAACCUGAAGCAAGAAUGGGAAGCCGAGAGAGAGUUAUGCUUAGAAAACCUACGCAGAGAAUUGUCUGCAGAGCAUCGGUUGGAGGUGGAGAAUUUGCAAGACCAGUUUGAGAACAAACUGGCAGAACAGAAAGCGGAAUUGGAGAAGAUUUUUCAAGCCAAAAAUCAGGCUGAAUGUGCGCUGAGGACUCUGGAGACCCAGCAGGACGCGGCCCUGAGGCAGCUGCGCGAGGACCUGCAGUCCGAGAGCGGUCGGCACGUGCGGGACUUGGAGCAGAGGCUCCGCGACCAGGAGGUGGCCAAGCAGCUCGAGUUAGAGAGCCUCCGAGCGUCGUACGCCACGCUGAAGGCCCAGUCGCAGGAAGAGAUCCGGCGCCUGUGGUCCCAGCUCGAGUCUCCGGGACCCGACAGUCAGGACCCGAGCGCGUUCCACGACCAGCUCCCUGCCCGCACGCCUCACGGGGAGGAGCGGGAGCACCGGAGGCGGGACCCGCGGUGGCGGCAGCAGCGAGAGGAGUCUGUUCCUGAGUCUGCGCAAGUCAGGUGCACGGGGCCUUUUGUCUUGGAAGAGAGGACUGGAGAAGGGAGAGAGCACCUCGGGGGACCCCGCCUUCAGCCGGAGGGGACGGCCCCUCUUCCCUGCAUUGAGGGAGCGGACGCGGAGCGCUCGUUUCAGGAGCACGAGUUAGAAGAAAACCACCGGAGCCCGUCCUCCCUGGAAGCCCGGCAGGAGGUGGGCCUCGAAGGGACCCCGGUGUUGGAAGGGGAGCAACGUGUGGGGCUCUCAGAAGGGCCCAGCGAAGAGCUCGCUCGGGCACCUCUCCCGUGUGUGCAGGACAUGGCCUCGCAGGUGGAGACCGAGGUGGCAGCCAGAGUCUCGGGUUUGGAAACUGAGCACAAGCUUAAACUCUCACUUCUUCAGACGGAGCUCAAGGAAGAAAUUGAUGUCUUGAAACUAGAAAACAGAAAUUUACACGAGAAGUUGCAGCACGCGAUCAGCCUGAAGGAGGACUUGGAGAGGGCAAAAUGUGACUUGGUUGAAGAUCUCCAGGAGGAGCUGAAGAAAGCGAAGGAGAAACUGGAGCUGCUGAGGCAGGAGUCCAGAGACAAAGAAGCAGGGUGGAAAGUGGCCAGCGAAGUCCUGAAGAGAAAAGCGGAAGAGGAACUCGCGCUGGCGCUCCUGCACCUGCGGGAGCAAGCCGAAGCCGAGAGGCAGUGCCUGAUGACCAGGUUUGAGCUGCGGGAGCUCGAGACGAGGCAGCUUCAGGAGCAGCAGGCCGCCCAGAUCCGGGACCUGGAGGGGUCCCUGGUGGAGCAGCAGGGCCGCCUACGGCAGCUGGAGCUCGGCCUCACGGGGGGGCAGUGUCCGCAGUGUGGCCGGGAGCCAGGGGGCCGAGGGGCUCCCGCAGACCGGGGCGGGGAGCUCGCCACGCUCCGCCUGAAGGAGGACUGCACCCUUCAGCUGAUGCAGGCAGAGAACGGGUUCCUGAACGAACGGAAGGAGAUCACGGAGAAGUUCGCAGCCGAGCAAGACGCGCUCCUUCGGGAGGCCCAGGAGAAGCACAGCCGCGAGCUCCAGCUGCUCCAGGAGAGACACCAGCAGCACGUGCUGUCCCUGACGGCAGAGCUGGAGGCCGUGCGCCGCUCGGAGCAGGAGGAGCUGAGAGCCUCCGUGGAGGGGGAGCUGCGGGCCCUGGCGCAGGCCCGAGAGGCCGAGCUGCAGGCGGGGCACGCGGCCGCGCUCCGGGCUCUGGAGGCCAGACACUCGUCCCACCUGGACUCUCUGGAGUCGCGCCACCGGUCGGAGGUGCAGGCCCUGCGGGAGCAGCACCGCCGGGCUCUGGAGCAGCUGAGCACAGAGCUGGGGAAGCAGCGGCGGCACGAGGACGCGUCUCACCCCGCGGCGCUGACUGGGGAGCAGGGUCAGGAGCUCCCGCCCGCGGACCGCAGCCUGACGGCGCAGACGGACGCAGAUCCGGGGGCCGCAGGGGUCACGCUGCUCUACCCCGAACUGCCGGCCACGCAGCAGACCACGUCUCCCGCCGUCCUGUCCCUUGUUACCUGUCGGGUGCUGGCCGCUCUGUGCUGUGAGCUUCUCCUCAUGUACUCACCGUUCCUGUCAGAUCGCCUCCCCAACCAGCGUGUCCCCUCCUGUCCGGCGCGGACCCUCCUCUUCCGUCCAGGACGUCUAGGCCGGGCCCUGCACAGGGCCCAGCAGGAGCAGAGCGAAGGGGAGGACCGUGCGGGGCGGCUGCUGCGGCAGUGCUGCUGCCUCGUGUCCACACGGAACACGUGCGCUACGGCGGUGCACCCCGGUCCCCUGUGCGGGUUCUUCACGAGGCCGAGUGUCCGCGGGCCUCGUGGUCGCCCCUCAGGCGCAGUGGCCAUCAGCUCCGUCGUCGCUGUGGUCCUUGGUAGCAGCGGGGUGCCGGCGGGCUCUGUGAGUCUCGUGAGCAGGCUGCGUGGGACGGCCCCCUGGGAGACGGGCGCACCCCGGCCUGGGUCUGGCGCGCUGCUGAGCUCGGCAGGUCGGGAUGCGGCCCGCGCAUGUGCCUGCGGGGACGCUGAGAUCCAGAAGGACCAGGUGGCCAGAGAGAGGGGCCUGGAGCCUGCUGAUCACUGCUGCCAUGGUGGCUUUCCCAUCUCUUCUGAGAGAGCUGAAGUGACUAUGUCCAGGCUCCUGUCUCAGAAGACUGAGAUCGCCGUCUGUUCUCCGGGUGAAUUUGAAGGUGAAAGGAGAGCUGCUUCGCGUGAACAGGAGGAGAGCCCUAGGCUGGAGCGUGAGCAGGCACAGUCUCUUCACCGAAAAGAGGAAGAGUCUUUGAUUCUGCAGCUUCAGGAGAAGAAUGACCAAAUUCUACGGCUGAAAGACCAAAUUUUAUCCUUAAGUCAAGAAGUAGAAGAGUGCCAUUCUGAAGUGGAGCAGCUCCAGCAAAGGCGUGAAAGGGAGAACCAGGAAGGCACAAAUCUCAUCUCGAUGCUGAAGUCCGACAUUGAUCUGUCUGACCGUGAAAGGAGAGCUCUCCGGGACGCUCUGCGGAGGCUGCUCACUUUGUUUGGAGAGACGCUGAGGGCUGCCGUCACCCUGAAGAGCCGGAUUGGUGAGCGUGUGGGGCUCUGUCUGGAGGACGAGGGCCUACCUGAUGCGCGGCCCAGUGGCCAGGCCCUGUUUGCAGCACCGGUGCUCGAUGAGACGUGGCCUGCGUCCGAGGCAGCCCUGUUGGAGCUGGACCGAACUUUGCCUGACUAUGCGGAGGUGUCUUCAGAGGCUGAAAUUAGCAGUCACAUCUGCGAAAGCUUUUUCAUGAGCCCAGAAAGUUCGCUGGAGUGUGAGCAGCCAAUUAGGAAGCUGUACCGGAGCCUUGGCCUGGCGGUGGAUGGCCUGCUGGAGCUGGCUCUGGAUUCCACCCGGCAGCUGGAGGAAGCACGUCAGAUCCAUUCCCGUUUUGAGAAGGAAUUCAGCUGUAAGAACGAGGAGACCGCGCAGGUGGUUAGAAAGCACCAGGAGUUACUGGAGCGCCUGGAGGAGGCGAGCACGGCCCGGACGCAGCUGGUGCUGGAGCUGCACCAGGCUCAGGGCAUCAUCGAAGGGUUCAAGGUGGAGAAGGCCAGCCUGCAGGAGGUGCUGGGCCAGAAGGAGGCGGCUGAGCGGGGCCUCGCGGUCCAGCUGGAGAGCCUGAAGCAGCAGCUGCAGCGGGCAGCCCGGCAGCAGGCAGAGCUGGAGGAGGAGAACUCUACCCUGUGCGCCCAGAAGGAGGCCUUGGCCGCGGAAGCGGAAGAGAGAGAAGCCGCUCUUCGUAGGGAAGUGGACGGUCUGACCCAGGAGCAGGCGGAGGCCAGGAGGCAGUCGGAGAGGGACCGCGCCGCGCUGCUUUCCCAGAUGAAGGUGUUUGAGGCGGAGCUGGAGGAGCAGCUUGCUCGGCAGGAAGCCAGCGCCCAGCAGGCCGAGGAGCUCUGCGCGCUGAGGCAGCAGCUGGCGGCUCUGGACAAGCACCUGCGGAGCCAGCGCCACUUCAUGGACGAGCAGGCUGUUGAGAGGGAGCACGAGCGGGAGGAGUUCCAGCGGGAGAUCCAGAGGCUGGAGGAGCAGCUCCGACAGGCGGCCCGGCCGCGGCCCCGGGGCUCCUGCGUCAGCGACCAGGAGCAGCUGGAUGAGGAGGUUAAAUUGUUACAAGAAAAGUUGCGAGAGAAAUCAGAUGGGUUUAAUGAGUUGGCUGCGAAGAAGGAGUUGGCGGACAGACAGAUGUUAGUCCAGGAAGAGGAGAUCCGGCGUCUGGAGGAGACCAAUGCCAGCUGCAGGAGAGAGGUGGCCACGCUGCGGGAGGAGCUGGAGAGGCAGAGGGACGCUGUGAAAGCCUUGCAGCAGGAUAAGGAGGCGCUGGAGGAGCAGCAGAGGAGCCAGUUGCUUCUGGUGUCCACUCUGCAACCUGUGCCUCCCGCAGGCAGCCGUCCCGAGGGCCCCGAAGUCCAGUCAGACGCUGUGCAGAGGGCGCUCCGGCAGCGAGAGCACGAGGUGUUGGACCUAAAAGAGCAGUUGGAAAAGAUUAAAGAUGACUUAGCGUGUAAGAGCGACGAGGUGCUGCAUCUGAGCUCGAAGCUGGAGGCGCAGAGCAGCCGAGCCACCCUCACGUGGGAGCUUCAGGAGGAGAGCGCCAGCCUGAAGGUCCCGCGUGACAGGAGCUCCGAGGUCGAGGAGCUGAGAUCCAUCAUCGAGAACCUGCGGGAGAACCAGCAGCGCCUGCAGAGAGAGAAGGCGGAGGAGACGGAGCGGCUGCACGAGGUCAUCGAGAGGCUGCAGAGAGAGCUCUCGCUCGGGGGCCCCGCGGGGCCCGGGGCUGAGGGCGGCCAGCUGCCGGCCGUCCCCGCCGUGGGGCCCGAGGCGCUGGCGGCGGCGGCGGGGGCCACGGGCCAUCUGCUCGCGGAGCAGGAGCGCAGGCACGGCCAGGCCCUGGAGGCCCUGCAGCAGCGGCUACGGGCUGCAGAGGAGGCCGCCGCGACGCAGCUGGCGGAACUGGAGCGCUGCGCGGCCCGCGGGGAGGCGGAGGUCCGGGGCCUGGCCUCCCAGAUCCAGGCCUUCGAAGCCGCCCUGGAGGCAAAGGAAGCCAGGAUCGCGGAAAGGGACUCCGAGAUCGACGCUAUGAAGCGGCAGAAACUGGCCCAGUCGGCGGAGCUGGAGACCCUCCUGGCAGCCUUCUCCCGCUUCCGCCUGGCGCUGGAGCAGCAGCCGCUGGCCGCGGAGGCCGAGGGCGAGGGCGAGCCCCCCGAGCUGCGGCGGCUGCGGGCCCAGUGUGUCCGCCUCGGCCGCCAGCUGCAGCUGCUGCACCUCCGCUUCCUCAGCUGCCAGGGGGAGCCGGACGGGCAGCAGGCGCAGGGGCCCCACCGGCACCCACGUGUGGAGGGCCACCCCCGGGGACGGGGCCCCAGGGCUGCAGGGGCCUCGUGGGACGAAGAGUCAAAGCUGCCCACAGACCCGCCUGGCCAGGCUGGGGACACACAGGUGGGCUGCGCUCCCUCCUGCCGACAGGACAGCGUGAUGUCGGUGCUGGCUGCCUGCCAGAAGCAGCUGCAGUCGGAGCUGCUCUUGGCAGAGAACGAGAUGCAUGUGAGGACGGAGGACCGCAACCGAGGGCCAGGAGGGGUGCAGAAUAAGGGAAAACUCCUGGAAGAUUGUCAGCUGUGGAAAGUUGGUCUCCUAAGUCAGGUGAAAGAACUUCAAGAAAAGUUGAACCAUUUGCUGUAUUCUGUGAGCUUCCAGAACACCGAGACAGAGGAUUUCAGACUUCAGCCAGUGGCGUCUCCACGUGCUCUAGAAAACAGUUGGAGUGAUCGUUCUGAUAAUGGUGAAGAAACAGAUAAAUCUCUUGUUGAUGCGUCUCAUAUCGAGAAAACCAUGUGUGACCUAAUUGACCUCAGUAGAAGUCCGGAUCCACUGAUAAAAAAUGAAAUGUCGGAUGUUCCCAAGCAAGACCAGGUUGAUUUGCAGGACGGGUCACCUUGUUUACAAGCAGGCUUCCACAGUGGCUCCCGUGCCCUGGCCCAUCCUGAGAGGCCCGUGCCCUUGAAGAACACACUCCGGGCAAUGGAUCUGUCCUCCUGGAGCUCGCCGGAGGUUGUCAGGAAGGACUCGACCCUUGAGCCUGCACCAAGCCUGCCCCCGACGCCGUGCUCGGACGCCCUGAGCUUGGACGCCUCCCUGCAGGACAGGACCAGUGCCUCGCUGCAGGCAGACCAGGUGGAGCUGCUUGGGUACCUGGGUGGGUCAGCUGCAGGAAAGGCCUCCAGAUGGGCAGUGUCUCCCUUGGCUGCAGACAAGGCGCCCUCCGCUGACCGCCAUGUGCCGUGGAUGUCCGUGGAGAAAGAUGUUGAAGAUUUUAUCGUAACAUCUCUUGAUGCUCAAGAAAAGCCCAGAACCUGUCCUCUCGGGUUUGAAGGGAAGAACAAUGGAAGUGAAAACAGUGAUGGCUCAGGGUUUGGAGAGAUACUAAACCGAGGUUCUGGAAGACUCGAAACCCCCCCUGCUAGUCCUACAGGGCCUCCUCCCACCUCUGGAAGGUUCCAACGGCCGCCGGAAGCCAUGAAGGAGAAGGAAAUCCAUCCGAAACAAGUGAAGGCUCUGCUGCAGAUGGUAUGUGACGAGAGCCACCACAUACUGGCCUUGUCCGAGCGCCACGGGCCACCCAGCACCCUGAGCAAGGGCGAGCCGAGUGCCCCCCUUGACUGCUUCCCGAGAGAGGGCUCCGGCCUUUUGGAGGCGGUGCCGGCUCUGCGGAGACAUGCGACCCUAGCACUCCAAAAGGGAGAGAAGGAACCCCCCGACAUGUGUCUUGACUGGAGAGGAGAAUUUCUCCAGGUUGUGCAGGAGGCAUUUGGAAAAGAGUGGGAGGUGCUGAGGGCCGAGUUGCAACCGCAGCCCUGCGCUCCUGACCCCGGGGACCACAACUCCGUGCUGCAGCGGCUGGAGAAGGUGGUCCAGGAGCAGGAGAAGUCCUUGGAACGCCUCCGUCUGUCGGACAGGAGCCGCUUGCUGGCGGAGAUCCAGGCCCUGCGCGCCCAGCUGCGCAUGACGCACCUGCAGAACCAGGAGAAGCUGCAGCAGCUGUGCGGGGCGCUGACCAGCGCGGAGGCCCGCGGGAGCCGGCAGGAGCACCAGCUGCGCAGGCAGGUGGAGCUACUGGCGUAUAAGGUCGAGCAGGAGAAGCGGAUAGCCAGUGACGUGCAGAAAACCCUGAAGGAAGAGCAGGAGAAAGCCGGCAGCACGCGGAAGCUCUUGGCAGUGGAGCAGACCGCCGUCCGAGACUUGAGAGCUGAGCUCCGCGAGUGCAAACAGGACAACGAGAGGCUGCUGGCGUCUCUCAGUGAGGCGCAGAAGGAGGUCCUGCAGCUAAGGUCCGUGCUGGACGGCAAGGAGAGCAGCCUGAAGGCUGCGCUGCAGGAGCUGGAGUGCGAGCGCGGGAAGGAGCGCGCCCUGCGGAGCCGGCUCGAGGAGCAGCGGCUACGGCACCUGCAUGAGGAGGGCCAGAGCUCCAAGACCCUGGAGGAGCUGAGGACGGCCCUGGAGCAGCAGUGUGCCCAGAGCAGCCAGCUGCGUGUGGCCCUGGAGCACGAGCAGACGGCCGCGGACAACCUGCGGCGGGAGCUGCAGAUCGAGGCCUCGCGCUGCGAGGCGCUGCUGGCGCAGGAGCAGGGCCAGCUGUGCGAGCUGCGACGCAGCCUGGAGGCCGAGAAGGGCCGCUCGCGGGAGCUGGCGGCCGCCCUGCGGCACGAGCGGCUGCUGACGGAGCAGCUGAGCCGCGGUGCCCGCGAGCCCCCCGCGCAGCACGCCCCGCCGCGGAGGCCGAGGGACGAGCGGGCGCGCGCACCGGAGCCGCAGGCCCGGCUGGAGCAGAUGCAGCGGCGGCGGGCGGCGGAGCUGGAGCGGGACAAGGAGGUAAGGGCGGCGCACAGCCCUGGCGCGGAGCCGCCCCCGGCCCAGGAGCCACGGCUCAGAGCCGCGCGGCCGCCGGCGGGACUAGAGUGUGCACAGGCGAGGCCGGCCGCGCGGGAAGGACGCAAGGACGCGAGGAGGCGAGCGGAGACGGGGCCGGGCCGGGCCAACGCGGAGCUGCGGCCAUCAGGAGACAAGGAGAAACGGCGAGAGCUGGAGCUGCAGCGCCAGCGAGACGAGCACAAGAUCCAGCAGCUUCAGCGGACCGUGCAGGCCCUGGAGGCGAAGGAGGCGGCCCGCCAGGCCCCAGAGGCGGAGCGGCUGCAGGAGGAGCGGCUCGGCCUGGAGAAGGUCCGUCAGCAGCUGCUGUACGCCGCUGGGCUCCUGACCAGCUUCGUCAGCCGGAUGGUGGACAGGACAAUUAGCGACUGGACGUCCUCGAACGAGAAAGCCGUGACCUCCUUACUGCGCACGUUAGAGGAGCUCAAGUCUGAGCUGAGCACACCCGGUCCCUCCCAGAGAAAGAUGACAGCGGAGCUGCAGACCCAGCUGGUGGACGUCCUCCUGAAGGACAACGACUCCCUGACCACAGCCUUGCGCACGGUGACGCAGGAGAAGGCAGAGCUGUGCCGGGCGGUUUCGCAGCUGGAGAAGUCACUGAAGCAGCACCUGCUGCGGCGCGGUGUGUGCAGCAGGCCGGACAAGUCUGUGUGGAAGCAGGAUGGAUCGGGCUCACAGAGCUCAGCACGACAGCCAGACCCAGCACUGCCCGCGCCGGCCGCACGCGAGGAGGCCAACAGCUGCAGUGUGCAAGUGGAGAAGUUGUACCUGCAUUACUUGAGAGCAGAAAGCUUCAGGAAAGCUCUGAUUUAUCAAAAGAAGUAUCUUCUGCUAUUGAUUGGCGGAUUCCAGGACUCUGAACAGGAAACGCUGUCCAUGAUCGCUCAUUUGGGAGUAUUUCCUUCCAAAGCAGAUAAGAAAAUUACACCCUCUCGCCCUUUUACGAAGUUUCGGACUGCCGUCAGGGUGGUGAUCGCGAUACUAAGGUUACGUUUCUUGGUUAAGAAGUGGCAAGAGGUAGAUCGGAAAGGAGCCAUCGUGCCAGGCCGAGCACCCCGUCCAGCGGUGGCUGGGGCAGGAGUCCCGGUUCCACGCCAGCAGCCUCCACCCAAAACCAGCACGUCCCCGCCAACCCGGGACGCGUCCUCCAGCCACGCCGGGGACUGUGCGCCCAAGGCCUCCCCACGCAGGAGGGAAAGAUCCACUCCGUCCCCGGAUUCAAGAUCCGAAAGAUCCCUGACUGCUUCUCAGGACCCCGAACAUUCCUUGACGGAAUUUAUUCAUCAUUUGGAGAUGGUCCAGCAGAGACUGGGUGGGGCGCCACCAGAUUCUGCUUCAAAGAAGUCCUGCCGCCAGAAGAUUAAACAAUGAAUAAAAUCCUGUGGCUCUUACCACGACAAUUCCAUUUGAGGAAAAGAUUUGUUUUUUCCCUUUUC